CAAAGUGCGUUUGACUUUACCUAACCACACAUGUUAGCUGCUAAACACACGCGUUGGCCCUUGCAAUCUUGCAUUAACAAUGUCAAAACGCAAGAACCCAUCUCAAAUAUUCUAAGGUUCAGGCUUCAGCAUUGGCAAAUUGGCAUGGCCUCAAAAACGAAAACUUUUGACUCCUACUCGUUCCCACGUCACUCCUCGGCCUGUCUCGACCUCUUCAUAUUUCCCUCUCGCACGCACGCACGCCGCCCCCACUUCUCUCCAAACCGCGCAUCCCGUCCUCCACACGCACGUCAAUGGCUCCCGCGCCGCCGACCACCACGUGGACUCAUCUCCACCGUCCAUUCCUCCGUCCUCUAGCGCUUGUGCUCGCCACUAGUGUCUUCCGGCCCGCCUCGUCGCAGCUCAUCUUCACGCCGCCCACGGCCGGCGCCACCUUCGCCGGGGCGUUGACGCCUCCACCACCACCGCCAACCGACGGGGGGCUCGGAGGCGGCACCUUCAACGUGGCCACUUCGAUCCUGUUCGUGGGCGUCAUCGUCGCGCUCUUCCUGGUCGGCUUCUUGUCCGCGUACCUCCGGCGCUGCGCCGACGCCGCCACGGCCGCGCAACGCGGCGGGGACGCGAACGCGGCAGUGGCUGCCGCCGCGGCCGCCGCAUUCUCUUCGGCCGCGAGCCGCGGCAGCAGGAGGAGAGGGGCGGCUGGUCUCGGCACUGCCGCGAUGGAGGCGCUGCCGGUGCUGACGUACGCCAGGGCGAGGGCGGUCAAGGCCGGGCGCGGCGCUCUCGAGUGCGCCGUGUGCCUGGCAGAGUUCACGGACGACGGGGAGAAGCUCCGCCUCCUGCCGGGCUGCUGCCACGUCUUCCACGCGGCCUGCAUCGACGUCUGGCUCGCGGCGCACGCCACGUGCCCCGUGUGCCGCGCCGACCUGGCGGACCCGGCCGUCGCCGCCGCGGGACGCGUCCUCUCCGCUGACCUCGCUGCUGAUCAGGCGGUGGAAACGGCGUCCGCCGAUCACACCGUGGUCAACGUCGAGACGCCGGCGUCAACGCCCGCAGCUGGAGAACAGCAGGAAGAAGAGAUCACGGCGGAGGAGCGGGCGGACCGGUACACGCUGCGGCUGCCGGAGAGGCUGAGGAGGGAGAUCGAGGACGCAAAGCGGCUCCGCAGGGCCGUGAGCGCGGUGACCGCGGCGAGCGCGUCGUCGUCAAGCGGGCGAUGGGGGUUACCAUCGGCGCUACGGACAAUGUCGGCGGCACGCCCUAGCCGGCGAUGGUCGGCGUUGUUCCGGGCGCUGUCGGGGCCACACCGGAGCCGGAGCGACCUGGACGGAAGGGUGGCGCCGCUGCAAACCCAUCCCGCCGGGGACAACGUGGAGGUGGUGGUGGUGCGGCGGAGCGACGAUGUGGGGUCGGAAACAGAGAAGCAAUACGCCCACAGCCUCACCUUCGCGGGGUUCGUCAUCGACGGCGACGUCGCGUCAGGCGACUGGAACCCGGAGGUCUUCCAGGUCUCGUCCGCAGUCCUGGCCCCAGCGCCGCCGUCACAGCCAUGAAUUUGUCCGGAACAGGGUGUAAAUUUUAGAACUAGUUUUUGUGGAUCUGAAAUUGAUCUGUGUACAUAAAUGCAUGCAGUGAUUUUUUUAUUUC